UACCUUUUCUACCCCUCAUUAGCAUUUCAAAUUCAAGAUAUCCGUUACAAACACCAGAAACCCCCAAAUUCAAAAACAAAGCUCACAGUGAAAUCAGUCCACUGUAAUUUUUACACACUCCAUCUCCAGUCGGCCGGAUUUCUUCAUAUUUGGAAUUGAACCAACAAUGGGGAAACUCGAAGCGAAAUCUGACUACGAAGAACUCAGAAAAUCUCGUAUUGUCGAAAACCAGGCGAGAUUAGCUUCUCUCGGGCUUCAGAAAACCAUAUCCGAACUUCGAUCUCUGAAUUCGUCGCCGAAAUCGGAUAAAACCCAUGUUAGAAAAUACUGCAAAGCUGAUUACAGCUCCACCCCUUUGCGCCGUUCGUCUCGAUUGAGUGGAAAACCGCCUUCGUCGAAAGGGGAAUUAUGCUAUUCGAGUGAAAAUGAAGAGGAGGAGAGGGGUGUGCACGGGCAUACGGUGAGAGCUAGAAGGGGUACGAAUAGGCGGCAGAUUCCGACAGAAGCUUUGGCUCGGCGCUGUGAAAGCAAAGGCAGAGGCAGUUUGUAUGAUCCUCUUUAUGGGAUUUGCUGCCAUUUCUGCAGGCAAAAGAAACUGUGCGGUGAAGAAGGUUGCAAACGUUGCGGUGAUAUGGAUAUGAAUGAACCGUGCAUAGGCAAAACAGAUUGCUCGGUUUGUCAUUCUACCAACGGUAUCCUUUGUCGGGCCUGUCUGAAAAUCCGCUACGGUGAAGAAAUGGAGGAAGUGAGAUCGAAUAAAGAAUGGAUGUGUCCUCACUGUACGGAAGAAAAAAAAAUCAACCCUUACUGGAUAUGUAACAGCUCGUUUUGUCUGAAGAAGCGAAAGAUGAUUCCAACUGGUAUAGCUAUAUAUAGAGCUAGAGAAAUGGGAUACAAAUCGGUGGCGCAUUUGCUGAUGGACGAGCUUCAACAAGCAGAUGCAAAGAAGAUGAUGGUUGUUAAGGCUUAGCUUAAUGGUAUUGAUUUUUUUCUCGGGUUUAGCGAAUUCAAGAAGAAAUUGUAAGGCCGAUUUAAGAAGAAACAAAAAAAUGAUGUAAAUUAUAUGUUAGGUUUAUUGGAGCAAAUUUACUUUUUGCUCAUAGGCAUAUUUGGAUUAUGGAGUUAAAUAUAUCAUCCAAACACAGGACUGAAUAUCAUUUUGAUAUUUGAUUCAA